CGGUCCCCCCGGCUCCACCCCAUCAUGUGGCCGCCCCGGCUCCGCCUCCGCCCCAGUUCCUGUUUCGGCCUCGGCAGUCCUGCUUCAGCCCCUAGGGCUCCCCGCAGACGCCCGCUCUUCCUGCUCCGCCCGGGCCACGUCUUCCUGGGCGCUCGCCGUCCGCAUCCCCGCUCGUCCCGCCGGGGGAUGGGGCCUUCCCCCGGCCUGGGCCGGCCCUGCUGGGGUGCCCGAGGCGACUCGGCCCCGCCUUGAUGGACUGGCCCGCCUGGUGCUGCGGCCCCAGGAUGAAGGGCGGCGAGGGGGACCCGGGCGAACAGGCCCCGCUGAACCCGGAGGCCGAGAGCCCCGCGGGCUCGGCCACCUACCGGGAGUUCGUGCACCGCGGCUACUUGGACUUGAUGGGGGCCAGUCAGCACUCGCUGCGGGCGCUAAGCUGGCGCCGCCUCUACCUCAGCCGGGCCAAGCUGAAAGCUUCCAGCCGCACGUCUGCCCUGCUCUCGGGCUUCGCCAUGGUGGCCAUGGUAGAGGUACAGCUGGAGAACAACCACGAAUACCCGCCGGGCCUGCUGGUGGCCUUCAGUGCCUGCACCACCGUGCUGGUGGCUGUGCACCUCUUUGCACUCAUGGUCUCCACCUGUCUGCUGCCUCACAUUGAAGCCGUUAGCAACAUCCACAACCUCAACUCUGUCCACCAGUCUCCACACCAGCGACUCCACCGCUACGUGGAGCUGGCCUGGGGCUUCUCCACUGCCUUGGGCACCUUCCUCUUCCUCGCUGAAGUUGUCCUGGUUGGCUGGGUCAAGUUUGUGCCCAUCGGGGCCCCCUUGGGCACACCAGGCUCUGUGGUACCUGCCUCCCAGGUGCCUGAGACUCUGCCACCAGUGGCCACCUCCCUUAGUCCAGCUUCCAAGCCAUCCUCUGAUUCUGUAGCCCCGUCACAGGCUGAGCCACCUGAGGCCUGCCCACCUCGGCAAGCAUGUGGCAGUGGUGGGGCCCAUGGACCAGGCUGGCAAGCAGCCAUGGCCUCCACGGCAAUCAUGGUACCUGUUGGGCUUGUGUUCAUGGCCUUCGCCCUGCAUUUCUACCGCUCCUUGGUGGCUCACAAGACCGACCGCCACAAGCAAGAGCUAGAGGAGCUGAGUCGCCUGCAGGGGGAGCUGCAGGCUGUGUGAGGCCGGUGUUAGCCACAGCUGCGAGCACCGCCUCCCUCAGGGGUCAGCCAGAGGCCCCAGGUCUACGGACCCCAUCCCCCCGCCCUGCCAGGAGCCACUUCCUGUGGCCACUCUCAGGUAGAGAACAGAUUCCUGCCUGCCCUCAGGGUCCUCUGGGCUGGGCCGUGGGCAGCUCCAACAUUCCCAGGGAUUCUCCCUGUCAGUCUGUCCCAUGGGUUUUGGAAAUUCUACUCUACACCCGGGCUGGGAAGAGCAAGGGAGGAAGCGGAAGGUCCUCAGUCCAAGGCUCAUGCGGUUGGUAGAGGGGAGGCAGGGAGACCCUGUCAGACCUUUGGUGCUGACUCUUAGCCACUUGCCCCCAUAUAGAAUGUGGAGGUCAGAAGCUUACACACCCACCCAGCUGCUCCAGAAGGCAGCCAAUCCUUGCUAUACUUUUGUAGAAUCUAUUUUAUGGUUGGCUUUUGUUUUCUUCCUCAUCCUCAGAUUUUGAUGGGUUCCACCCUCUUGCUUUGGUGUUUGGGUAGAGGGAUUUGGGUGUUUCUACCCCAGGCACAUGUCCAGCCUUUCCAAGGAGGAGCCACCCUAUUUGGAGGAAGUUCAAAUGCCUGCCCCACUGCCCUAGACCCACACUUAUGCUUCUGUAUCUGGUUCCUACUCUCCUGGUUCAGGGCUGGGGUCGGUGUGCCCAGCCUGAUCCCUAGCAAGGGUUGGGGUGAGGUCCAGUCCAUAGCCCUUGGAAUACAGAGCUAUUCUGACACUGAAUUUUUGAUGCACCUAGUUUUGUAUAAUAAAUUGUGUUUCACACAUGUC